AGUGUCUCGCGCGAGUGUGAGUGCGUGUGUAUUUGUGCAAUGUCAAUGAAUUCCAACAUCAAAUACGCAUAUUAAUAACAAAUCAGAAAUUACUCAAUUCCGACAUUAGUGUCAAACACGUAGCAAUUUCUACCAUUUGUUUACAGCUCGGCAAUACUUUCUUCGUUAUUUUCUAGUGAAUUAGUUUCCAUUGAUUUUUUUAGUCCAUUUCUGUUCACUCAUUAUUCAUUGACUUGAGUUUCAUUCAAGUUUUGUGAUCUUAUGAAAGUGUUUAGGCAAAAUUAAAUUGAAAAGUUGUAAAUUUUCAAAAUUUCAUUAAAGUUUUUAUUCAAAUUAUGUGCUCAAUUCGAUUAGUUUUACAAUAUGACGAGUGUAAAAAAAGCAAUGAGUAAUAAAGCCCAUUCAAAUGACUCGGGGAAGAACAACGCUAAAAAUCAUGGUGAAAUGAAUUGGUAUCUGUUCUUUGGCCUCGUUCUACUUACGAUGGCUACAAGAUUUUAUAAAGUCACUGAACCCGAUCAUGUCUGCUGGGAUGAGACGCAUUUCGGUAAAAUGGGAAGUUGGUACAUAAAUCGGACGUUUUUCUUUGACGUGCAUCCGCCAUUGGGAAAGAUGUUGAUAGCGUUAUCAGGCGUGAUGACUGGUUACAACGGCACAUAUCCAUUUGAAAAACCGGGCGAUAAGUAUAAUGGCACUGCUUACGAAGGGAUGAGACUGUUUUGCACAGCGUUGGGCGCAAUAAUCGUGCCGAUGGUGCAUGUGACCGUGUACGACCUCAUUGAAUCGGAUGUUGGGGCACUUAUUUCAAGCUGCUACGUGCUGUUUGACGUUGGAAUGGUGACUUUAAAUCAAUAUAUUUUAUUGGAUCCGAUUUUGCUGUGCUUUAUGACGGCAUCCGUUAUGGGCAUGGUUAAAGUGUCGAAAGCAACACAUAAUCGUCAAACAUUUACAUUCAAAUGGUGGAGUUGGCUUUUGUUCACCGGCACCAUGAUCGCCUGCACCAUCAGUGUGAAAUUCGUUGGUCUGUUCGUGAUUUUAUUGGUCGGUUUACAUACAAUCAAUGAUUUGUGGAUCGAAUUAGGCGAUUUAACCAAACCAGUUGUUGAAAUAGUGAAACAAUUUGUUGGCCGCGCUGCAACGCUCAUCGUCUGGCCAAUCAUUUUGUACAUGUGCUUUUUCUAUAUCCAUUUGGAGGUGCUAAAUCACAGCGGAAACGGUGACGGCUUUUACAGCUCAGCAUUUCAAUCACAACUAAUUGGAAAUUCCUUGCAUAACGCAACGAUGCCGCGAUCAGUGGCUUACGGUGCCGUUUUAACAUUGAAAAAUUACAAAACGGGCGGUGGAUAUGCUCAUUCACAUCAUCACCUGUACCCGAAGGGCUCGGGUGCCCGGCAACAACAGAUAACGACGUACACGCACAAGGACGAGAACAACAAAUGGCUGAUAAAACCGUAUAACGAAGAGAUUAAACCCAAUGAAAAGGAUGUAGUGCUUGUUAAACACGGCGAUCUAAUUCGAUUGGAGCACAUUCAAACGAAACGGAAUUUGCAUUCGCAUCGUGAACAAGCGCCGCUCACAAGAAAGCACUACCAAGUCACUGGAUACGGCGAGAACGGCAUUGGUGAUGCGAAUGACAUCUGGAAAAUUAUGAUCGUUGGUGGUCGUGAAAACGAACCCGUUUUAACCGUAACCAGCAAACUACUAAUCGUACAUUAUUUACAAAACUGUGCGCUCACAACAAGCGGAAAACAAUUACCAAAAUGGGGCUACGAGCAACAAGAAGUUUCAUGCAAUCCAAAUAUACGCGAUCCGAAUGCAUUUUGGAAUGUCGAGGAUAACACUUUUGAUAAAUUGCCAAACGUGAGUUUUCGAGUGUAUGCGCCAGGAUUCUUUGCCAGAUUUAUGGAAUCGCAUGCAGUCAUGUUUCAAGGUAACGCAGGAUUGAAACCAAAAGAAGGAGAAGUCACAUCGCGCCCGUGGCAAUGGCCUAUUAAUUAUCGGGGUCAAUUCUUUUCUGGCAGUGCUUACCGCAUCUACUUGCUCGGCAAUCCUAUUAUCUGGUGGAGCAAUUUGGUCUUUUUAGCCAUAUUUUUGCUGGUAUUUUUCGUGUCGGCCGUUAAAAAGCAACGUGGCUACGAAAAUAAUUUCGAGAAUAAUGAAUCUACGGGGAAAUCGCUGAAAGCAUCGGUAUGGCUGUUCAUCGGUUGGCUGCUUCAUUACGUACCAUUUUGGGCGAUGGGCCGUGUUCUCUACUUUCAUCACUAUUUUCCAGCCUUAAUAUUCAAUUGCAUGCUAACAGGUCCGAUGGUGUAUUAUUUGAUUCAACGCUUGCCGAAAUGGACGCAACAUGCCGUCAUCGGCACCACAUUGGCAUUAUUGGCCUACAGUUUUGUGCUAUUCUCACCGUUAGCAUAUGGAAUGACCGGACCAACGGCUAAUGAAGCAAAUUCAACAAUGUACAAAUUGAAAUGGUUGAACAGCUGGGAAUUUUAGUGUAAACGCAAAUACACGGACAAAUAUUUGGAAAAAUUAUUAUGCAAAACCAUUUUUUGCUUAUAUAUCAUAGCGUAAAUAUGCCAUAGAACUAACUAAUGACAACGUCAACGACAACACACAACUCUCUCACAUACAGACACAAACUACUAGAAGCGUGUGUGAUUCCCAAUUUUAAAUGUAAAUUGAAAGAAUAAUCGCGUUUGUAAUUAGGUUUUUGUACUUGAAAUGCGAUCGAAAUUUUCAGAUAGAAAUAAAUUAAUGUUGUACAGGGAGCGAAGUAUCUCCCUCUUUCUCUAUAUCGCGCAUUGCCGUUCAAUGUGUAUGGGGCACUUUCGACGCCAAUCGAAACACAAUACUCAUAUUUAUUUAACAUAAUUUAUAAAUAAAUUAUUAGCUAGAUCGAUAAGCAACAAAACACCGACGAACGGCUAAAUGCAUUCACGAACAGCGUCGUGUUUUUCCAUUGGAAUUUUUUUAGUUUUCAUGUGCUCGAAACGUUUUUCCUCUCUAGUUCUAGUUGAAUGUUUUGUAAGCUUUCGCAAAUGCAACCUAGAUUUUGGCGAGAAUGUUAUGUGCAAUGUGCAUGUUCAGGUUUCGAAUAAAUGUCAUUUUAUCUGUUGAGCUCGACAGUGCACCGCAUGGCGCCGAGUUUAACACACACUCAUCCCCCCAUAUACACGUCGCCGACAACCACAUACACAAUAGAAUGCAAUUUGAAUGCUUGUUGAUGACAACAACGAUGGCAACAACAACACAGAAAAUAGAUUCGAAAAUAAAACGUAGCGCUCUUCGUAUUAACAUUUGCUUUAUUCCAUUAUAAUAUUCGAAUUUGGUUCGCUAGCUAGAACAAUACGACCAUUGAUUGCAAAUGAAAAUCCGUUUUUUAUUAUAAAAAUUGUUAUUACAAUGCUUUUGUAUUCAGGCAACGAAACGAAAUAAAUAAAAUGUUGAACAAAACACCAACAAAAUGUAA